AUGCGAAUCUUUAUAUUUUUUACCGUUGGUCUGCUGUUACUUACUUCAGUGGAUAGCAAGUACACCUGUAAAGUAGUUGAAGACGCUAAAACGGAUGAUGGUCUUCACUCAACAACCCCUCCGGAAAGACCAUUUAAUGACAAACAUUUGAAAUUCAUCUUAAUAUAUGACAAAAAAGUUCAGAAUAGUGUGGCGUACGAAAAACUCAAGCAUGUCGUGAAAUCUGCUUCUGAUUUCUGGUCACAAACACUGACUGUUAAAUUCGAGAAAUGGGAAAAUCUACUGGUAAAGAGGGAAUGUGUAAGCGGAAGCCUACAGUUAUCCAGAAGGGAAAAACUACCAGUUUGCAGAAGAACUGAUUGCAAGGAAGUUAAACUCUGUUACAAUUAUCCUGUACCUAGUAAUUUCUUGGCUGCGUGUUACUACAGAAAAUACGCUCGUAAUACGUUAAUUUAUCCUGAAGGGAGUGGUGUUAAGCCAAAUGAACUUGUUUUAUUUGUUACUAACGUCUUCAUUAAUCCAUGUGGAGGAGGUACAAUUGCCUGGGCUACACACUGUGAACGAGAUCCUCAGAAUAAAAGACCUUUUAUGGGCAGAGUGAACUUUUGUUAUGAUGCCAAUACAAUUAAAACUAUGAAUGAUAUAUAUUUAAUUGAUGUUACGAAGCAUGAAAUAGCACAUAUAUUGGGAAUCAGUCCCUCAAUAUUUGCAUCCCUGCCUGAUUUGGAACCGGCAUUUAGAAUAAACAAUAACCCAAGACCUGUUCAAAAUGUCACUCGAGAAUGGGUAACACCAAAAAGAAGAAUUAUCAAGAACAAAUUAGCAAUUCGAUUACCGAAAAUGCUUGAGGAAGCCAGAAAACACUUUGGUUGCGAUGAAUUAGAUGGAAUCGAAAUAUAUAGUGAUCAUUUUAGUCAUAGAAUACUUGGUAAUGACCUUAUGACAGCUCACAAAAUGGCAGCAACCUUGCUCUCGAGAAUAACUCUAGCUUAUCUAGAGGAUACAAACAUGUACACUGUGAACUACUCAAUGGCUGAUGACUUCAAAUGGGGAAAGAAUCUAGGAUGUGAUUUCGUGAUGAAAACGUGCUAUGAAUUCAUAAAGAAUAGAAAGUUGAAACGACAAGAUAUCCAACCGUUCUGUGACGAUCCCGAUAAAAGACGUUGUGUAAAUUUUGAUAAAGCUCGUGGUCACUGCAAUGUGUUUAAUCACCAAACACCUAUACCUGAUGAAUACCAGUAUAUGGAUGAGAAUUUUAAAGUUCCUGCUGAGAGCAGAAGCCGUUAUGGAGGAUGGGAUGCAAUGGAGUAUUGUCCAUUUGUAGAUGUUACUGGCACUCGCAGUGGUUUGCCUUCAGUAUGUCGAGAUCCAUUUCCAACGGAAUUAAAUAUAAGUUCUAAUAAUUUUCUUGAAGAAAUGGGUCCAGAUUCAGCUUGUUUUAAUUAUAAUAAAUGGAUCCAUGAAACCCCGAGAGCUAAAUACCAAUUCACUGGUGAAACAGCCUGUCACAGAUAUCAGUGUUCAAGGAAAGUUGGCCUUCAAAUAAUAAUCAAUAACACGCCAUUUGUAUGUCCUUUAUACGGUGGACUUAAGAAUAUUGAAGUUACUGUUGGAAGAGAUACAAUCACAGCGACUGUAAAUUGUCCUAGAUGCCCAGAUAUAUGCAAGAAUGAAUGUCCAUGA